AUGCAAACUGGACCUCGUAGCUUAGAUGAGUUGAGUCUGGUACAAGUUUUAGAGCAAGCUAGUGAUGCUCGGCAUGCCGGAUCACAAGUCCAGAGAGCUGCAGAAGUUCAGCUUAAGACCUGGGAGACCCAGAAAGGAUUCCAUUAUUUGUUGCAAUCGAUAUAUCUGGAUCUAUCGUGUCCCUUGAACAUCAGAUGGCUAGCGAUUAUUCAGUUUAAGAACGGUGUUGAAAAGUACUGGCGUUCCACCAGAGUGAACGCAAUAGCUAAAGAUGAAAAGGAGUCUAUCAGAAGCCGCGUUUUCGAUCUAAUUGACGAAAAUAAUAAUCAGCUUUGUAUACAAAAUGCACAAGCCACGGCUCGCAUUGCACGCUUAGAUUUUCCGGUUGACUGGCCAAAUUUGUUUGAGCAACUAGAACGUAUACUUGGAAAUGAUGCUAUUUGGCAAGAUAACAUUAAAGUAUACAAUCUCUUGUUGAUCACCAAUCAAGUAGUCAAAAUCAUGGCCACUGCAAGAAUUGGAAGGUGUCGACCUGCAAUGCAAAGUAAGGCCCCUUUAAUUUUUCCGCUUGUGGUCCGGACCUAUCUCAAAGCAUUCAACGAAUGGGCCAAGUCAGGCAGCAUUGAUGAAGAUAGCCUCGCACAGAUCCAAGUUUCAUACCUAGCAUUGAAAGUGCUGAGACGUCUGAUUGCAGAAGGUUACGAAUCACCUCAUAGAAAUGAGCCUGUCCGUGAAUUUUUGCAAAUAUCCAUCGCACACUUUGAACUGCUCUUAUCCCAUUACGAUAAUUAUAAGAAAUUCGACCUUUUCGAAAAGUAUGUGAGAUGCUACGGCAAGCUCUACUACAAUAUUAUGUGUGCUUCUCCGUCGAAUUUCAUUCUCUUGCCAUGCUCCUUGCAGAUUCUAAUGACUUUUACCAAGCUAUUGAUCGAUAGGGCACCAGAUGUAUACAACGAAAAUGCAGAUCUGAACGGAGAUUUUUGGGAACAGAUAGCGAUCCGUGGCUUUCUGCUCUUGAAAAAGCUCAUCAACUUUAUUCAUAAAAAAGGCGCUGUCACCAUCAAGGCGAAAAAUGAUAAGGCCGAAGUUGAUGCAGCCAUUAAACGAAUUUCGACUGACUUUUUGAACGAGCAGCUGGUUCAACGGUGGGUGGAUCUUCUUAUGGGCUGGUACAUUAAAUUGCGGCUUUCAGAACUUGAAAGUUGGUCUCUAGACCCCGAAGAAUGGAUGAAUGAGCAGUUGGCAACGAGCUAUGAACAUCAAAUAAGGCCUUGCGCCGAAAAUUUCUUUCAGGAUCUGAUAGACACUUUCUCAGAAGUGCUAGUUCCUUAUUUGCUCAAUAAAAUACAAACUGAUGUGUCAAGUUUGGGUUUUGGAAUGGAAGACCUUCUGAGUAAGGAUAGCAUUUUUGCAAGCUUCCAACUAAGCGCUGCCUCAAUUAGCGACUCUGUUGAUUUCGAUCGGCUUUUGGUUGACGUUUUCAUUCCAGAGGCAGCAAACCCCAAAGCGUCCCAAGAAUCUUCUAAAAUUCUAAAAAGAAGAGUUGCGCUUGUUAUCAAUGAAUGGUGCACUGUUAAAUGCUCCGAAGAAAGUAAACAAUUGUGCUACAAACUGCUACUCCAGCUAAUAAAUCAGGAGAAUGACAGAGUCAUUCAACUAACCGCUGUUCAGACUUUAAGGACGAUGGUAGACGAUUGGAAUUUUGACAAGAGAUCGUUCCAGCCUUACUUGGAAGAUACUGUCUCGGUUCUAUUGAAAAGGCUUUUACCUUCUGUAUCAUUGACCGAAACUCGUCUGUAUGUUUUGAAUACACUGAGUGAUGUCAUCAUUCAAACUAAACCUCUGAUCAGCACGACACAGCUGGUAGAGAUAUUGCAUGUUGUCCCAGCUCUGUGGGAAAUAUCGAUAAAGGAGCCUAGUGAGUCUAUAUUGACGAACGCCCUCCUGAGGCUUCUACGCCAUUGUGUAGAUUCUUUGAGUCAAAACUCCCCCGCCACUUGGGAAACCGCAUUGCCUAUCACCCAAGCUGCUUGCAAUCCCAGCUCCCCGCAUUACUCACUGUUAUAUGAGGAUGGAUUCGAACUAUGGCAGAGCCUUUUACAAAACUGUCCAUCAGAUGUUGAAGCAGAGAGUGUAUUCUCCUCGCUGAUACCACUUUUGCAUGGUGCUAUCCAAAAUCAGACCGAGAUACUGCCCACCCUGUUAGAGAUUGUUAGGAGUUAUUCCUUGUUAUUCAGGACUGGGCACUUCAGACAAUUUGAAUCGUUGUCCUUUGCUAUUUCACAUUUGUCGAAGUAUUUGCUGAAACUUCGAGAUGAUUCGUUUGAUUUACUAUUAUCAAUACUUGAUAUUUUAGUACUUGCUACAAAUCAGGAAGACAUGAAUUCUUUGCUGGACUAUCUGUUAGGAACUCGUGUUUUUGAUGCAAUAUUCGAUGCUUUAUUUAAGGAAGAGCCGAUAUCCAGUUUUCAAGCUGGGCAGCUGCUUCAAAUAAUUGCAAGAGUUGCCUUCAUCAACCCACAAUCUAUACUACAGAUUCUGGAAGCAUUCUACUAUCAACUUCCAAACUCCUCAGAAAAUUCAUACCUUCCUUUGGAUCAAAGAAAAGCCAUCAACAGAGAAAUGUCAUUUGAAGACGUCGUGAGUAAGUUCAUGACUAUAUGGAUUCUUUGUUUCAAAGAUUUUUACGAUCCUAAGGUGAGAAAGAUUCACACACUCGGUAUUUCAUCUAUGUUGCGCUCGUCAGCACUGCCAGUAUUGGCAGAAUUUCCGAGCAUGGCAUCCAUUUGGGUAGAGUUUCUAGAAGAGAUCAACGAAACCGCUGGAGGAGAUUGCGAAAAGUUCCAUUUGAAGGACAACAUCCCUGUCACCGACGACAAUGAAUCAGAAUAUCCUCCGACUUGUGAGCAGCUGCGCUUUGUUCGGCUUACCAGGGAGAGAGAUCCCGCCCACAAUGUGAGCCUAAAGGAAAACAUAACACAGAUCGUGCAGUUUUUGGAAACGAAGCUUGGACCGCAAUUUCCAGAGCUUCUCGCAUCUGUCGACGGUGCUACUCUUGAGAAUUUGAAUGUUUUCUUAUCUUUGCCUUCACAAAAGUAA